GCCGCGACACCAGCCUCACUGGCAACAUGAAGCUUCUCCUGCUCUUUGGAUUGGUGGCUGUGGCCCUGGCCGACAGCUUCGAGGGACAGAAGGUCUUCCGUCUGAAGCCUGCGAUUGAUGAACAUGUGACCCUCAUCAAGGAGCUGGCUCAGAAAAUCGAGGUCGACUUCUGGAGGCCCGAGAACCCUGAGCUGGUGACUAUUGACAUCGAUGUGGACAUCCGUGUGCCUGCCAUCUACCUGGAUAUGGUGAACACCCUCCUGCAGCAGAGUGAAAUGGAGCACGAGAUUCUUAUUGAGGACGUGCAGGCCGCUGUUGAAGCCCAAGAAGACACUGGACCUUCUCCCAGAGCUCACAGCUACACUAAAUACAACAGCUGGGACAAAAUCCAGGCCUGGAUCAACUCUAUUGCCUCCUCCAAUUCUAACCUCAUUAGUAGGCAGGUGAUUGGAAACACCUAUGAGGGCCGCCCCAUGAAUCUUCUCAAGCUUGGUAAGAAGUCCUCCUCCUCCAAGCCCGCCAUCUUCAUGGACUGUGGCAUUCACGCCAGAGAGUGGAUCUCUACUGCUUUCUGCCAGUGGUUUGUUAAGGAGGCUUUGUCCACCUAUGGCCAGGAUCAACAGAUGACCAGCCUGCUGGACCAGAUGGACGUCUACGUUCUGCCCGUCUUCAACAUCGACGGCUACGACUACACCCACAAGAGCAACAGGAUGUGGAGAAAGACCCGUUCCAGGAAAACUGGAUCCAGCUGCAUUGGAGCUGAUCCCAACAGGAACUUUGACGCCGGCUGGUGCACCCUGGGAGCCUCCAGCAACCCCUGCAGCGACACCUUCUGUGGCUACAAGCCCGAGUCUGAGAUCGAGGCCAAGAACGUUGCCAACUUCAUCCGCAACAACAAGGCCAGCAUCAAGGCCUACAUCACCAUCCACUCCUACUCCCAGCUGCUGCUCUUCCCCUACUCCUACACCUAUAAGCUGGCUGCCGACCACAGUGAACUGAUGAGGGUCGCUGAGGGAGCAUCUGCUGCUCUCCGCAGUCUGUACGGCACCAGAUACACCAGCGGACCUGGUGCUACGACCAUCUACCCUGCUGCCGGAGGCUCUGACGACUGGGCCUACGACCUGGGAGUGAAAUAUUCCUACACCUUCGAGCUGCGCGACACUGGUCGUUACGGCUUCCUGCUGCCCGAGUCUCAGAUCAAGCCCACAUGCGAGGAGACCAUGCUGGCCGUCAAGUACAUCGCCUCCUACGUGCAGAAGAACCUCUAUUAGGAGCCGCACUGCCAGGACCCCUGCCAACUCCUCUCUCCUCUGUACCAGCCCCCCCAGCCCCAUCCAACCUCUCAGCCGUCUCCAGCCCGUAUCCAUGGAUACGGGCACCACCCGCCAUGUUUCCUCGCUGUGCUUGACAGAAUGUCAAGAUGAGUGCAAACAAUAAAAUCAAUGAUCCAUCCCCAA